GUAUCAGGUGGCGCGUCGACCCUCGUCGCGUCGUAUCUCGCGCGCGCCCGCGGCUCCAACGAGCCGGAGAACAGCCUCCAGCGCGCGAAGGAGCUCGACCACUUCAUCCGCGAGGCCCGCGCGUUCGAGCUCGACCACGGCCACGCCGUCGGCGCCGCCUUUGACCGCGAGCUCAACUCGUUUCGGCACACCCUCGAGGCCAUGCUCGGCAGCAACGACGUCGGCAUCGCCGAGGACGAGGGCGGCAGGUGA